CUAUGGACAUUUUGCCAUUGUUUUCUAAAGAGGCUCUACCAACUUAUAUUUCCACCUAGACAGAAUGCAGUUUCCAUUGGUCAUUUCCUGUCCACUACUUGAUAUUCUAAGGCUCAACAAUUUUUGCUUGUCAAAUGGACACAGAACUCCAAGACUGCCAAGUAUGCCCAGGUCUUCUGACACCAGCUACAAGUUUAAGGAUUUCCCAAAACCUCUCUCAGGUUCAGUGAUUUGCUAGAAUCACAAACUGUCUAAAACCUUUGAUACUCACUAUCAUAUUUGUUAUAGACAAAGGAUGGAAAUGAGAAGAGAUGCAGAAUGUGGGGCAGGAAAUGUUGCAAGCAUGAAGCUCCUGUAUCCUCAGCAGCUCCUUACAUCCUGGCGUUGAUGUAGGGCGGGAUGUACAUAGAAUUUUGCCAACCCAAGAAACUCUCCACAGCCUCAGGUUACACCAUGGAUAACAGGCAUUCCUGUCACUCUGGAGAUACCCAAAAUUUAGAGGUUUCUUCUUUGGAGUUGGGACAAAGACCAGACUUCUCUUUAGGGUGACAAAGGACAGCCCAAGACUGCAGAACUUACCACUUAUGAGCCAGCCCAGUCUGAGGGAGCCUUACUCCAGAAACAACUAACACAAGGAGCCCCAGGGGACUCCCAGGUGUGCCAAGCCAAGGAUCAGGAUGGGCCAUCGGAAGUGCAAGAAGGACACUUGAGACCAGGGAUAGACCCCCAGAGGGAGAAGCUCCCUGGGAAAAUGAGCCCUGAACAUGAUGGUUUAGGGACAGUGGAUGGUGUAUGUUCAUGGAUUGUACAGGAGCCAGUCCCUCUGGGAGGUGCUGUCCUUGACCAUGACACCCAUGGAUCAGGUAAAGAUCCUGUGAUUCGGGAAGAAGAAAACAUCUUUAAAUGCAAUGAAUGUGGGAAAGUUUUUAACAAGAAACACCUUCUUGCUGGACAUGAGAAGAUUCACUCUGGAGUGAAGCCCUAUGAAUGCACAGAGUGUGGGAAAACAUUUAUUAAGAGCACACACCUCCUUCAACACCACAUGAUCCACACUGGGGAGAGGCCCUAUGAGUGCAUGGAGUGUGGGAAAGCCUUCAACCGCAAGUCAUAUCUUACACAACACCAGCGGAUUCACAGUGGAGAGAAACCUUACAAGUGCAGUGAAUGUGGAAAGGCCUUCACCCACCGCUCCAAUUUUGUCUUGCAUAAGAGGAGACACACUGGAGAAAAAUCUUUUGUGUGCAAAGAAUGUGGGCAAGUCUUUCGACAUAGGCCAGGAUUCCUUCGACAUCACAUCAUCCACAGUGGUGAGAAUCCCUAUGAAUGCUUCGAGUGUGGCAAGGUUUUCAAGCACAAGUCAUACCUCAUGUGGCACCAGCAGACUCACACUGGGGAGAAGCCCUAUGAGUGCAGUGAAUGUGGGAAAGCCUUCUGUGAGAGCGCAGCCCUCAUUCACCACUACGUCAUCCACACUGGGGAGAAGCCCUUUGAGUGCCUGGAGUGUGGGAAGGCCUUCAACCACAGGUCAUACCUCAAGAGGCACCAGCGGAUUCACACUGGGGAGAAGCCUUUUGUGUGCACUGAAUGUGGAAGGGCCUUUACCCACUGCUCCACUUUUAUCUUGCAUAAAAGGGCCCACACUGGAGAAAAACCUUUUGAGUGCAAAGAAUGUGGGAAAGCCUUUAGCACUAGGAAAGACCUCAUUCGACACUUCAGCAUCCACACUGGAGAGAAGCCCUUUGAGUGCAUGGAAUGUGGGAAGGCCUUCAACCGCAGGUCAGGCCUCACGAGGCACCAACGGAUUCAUAGUGGAGAGAAGCCCUAUGAAUGCAUGGAGUGUGGGAAAUCCUUCUGCUGGAGCACAAACCUGAUUCGACAUGCCAUUAUCCACACUGGAGAGAAGCCCUAUAAGUGCAGUGAGUGUGGAAAGUCCUUCAGUCGAAGCUCAUCCCUCACUCAGCAUCAAAGGAUUCAUUCUGGGAGAAACCCUGUCAGUGUGGCAGAAGUGGGAAGACCCUUCACAAGUGUACAAACCUCAGUCACCCUCCGAGAACUCCUUUUGGGGCAAGACUUUUUGAAUGUAAACACUGAGGAAAAUCAUUUGCCAGAGAAAACAUCUAGCACUGCACCUGAUCGUACAUACCAAAGAGAAACCCCACAAGUAUCUUCGCUGUGAGAAAAUCUUUUGUUGCAAACCAUUGCUUGUCAUUUAAAGGCAUGUUUUAGAAAUUGACCCAGCCUAGAGCCUUAUUCUAUAUCUGAGAAUUCAUCCAGGAGGGAGAGACCAGUGCUCAUUGCACACCAAGGAAAGCCUUCAGCUACAUCUUUCUCCUUAGUUUACACUGCAGUGUUAUCUCAGGAAUUUUUUUUUAAGAGGAGGAGGAUACUUAGAAAAGAAAAUGAAAUGCAAACACACUUUCUUUGAGACCUCUCUAGCAAGUCUCCAGCACUUUGUCAUGCAUUCCUUAGUUUACUUGGGGCAAGGGGAAUGUUUCUGAAGCAAAUGGCCUUGUGUCUUGUAUGUACCUUCAUCGCUGUCCAGUGUCGGCAGACUUAGACAGUUGAGAGAAGGUAUUUAAGGAGAUGAGGAUACACAAAUGAAUGGCACGUUUCGUGGCACCAAUUAUGACUCUUUAAGGCUUUGAUUUUUAAAAAACCAUUCUUUGUGUUGUUUUAGACACUUAAUACUCUGGCUUUUCUUACGUCCAAUCUAUGUUUAAUUUCUGCAGCUACACAGUAUCUAAAAAUGGAGUAAUUUCUCUCUCUCAUUUAA